GUUAGAAACCCGACCUGUGGCGGCCAUCACCACUUUCCUCCCGCUGAGUACGAGCAUGUUGUCCACUGCCGCGGGAUGAGGGGCAGGUACGUGGGCAUCAGACUGCCGGGGAAGAGCCGAGUCCUGACAUUGUGUGAAGUGGAGGUGUAUGCAGCUCCAAACUUGGCGCUUGGAAAGCCAACUGUCCAGUCGGCUGUCGCAUGGAACGGGUUUGCCUCCCGAGCGACUGACGGUUGCAGGGACCCGAACUGGGGUAGCCAGUGCUGCACCCACACUCCGGCACAGUCAAAUCCUUGGUUGCAAGUGGACCUCGGUACCCGUCAGGUUAGUGUCCAGUGGGUGGUCGUCGUCAACCGCGCCGACUGUUGCAGAGAGCGACUUCACGGCUUCGACGUCCACAUUGGAAACGACGCAAACGUAGAGCGUAACCCACGCUGCGGCGGACAUCACGUCAUCCCCGCUGGUAAGAACAAGGACGCCAUCAACUGCAACGGGCUGAGAGGACGAUAUGUGGGGAUCCGUCUGCCUGGACACGGCCGUAUACUGACUAUCUGCGAAAUCGAAGUCUACGCAGCUACGGUGAACAGAAAGAGGACAAAUGAAGUGCGUGAUACCGAGAGCCAGGGUUGUGGAGAACAUCAGGAGGGAGACAACUGGGUAUCUGAUGAGACUGGAGAGACAAAGAAGAACUGCGCCUGUCAACAGAAUGAAGAGGUGUGCUUCGAGGUGAUUUGUGGAAAGGAUGGAAAAGAAGACCCAAUCAAGGACCAAGACGAACUGUGGACCUGUCAGGAACCGGCCGAUGAGGAAGAGGAUCCCGCAUCUGAGGUCCAGAACGAUGGCGAAACAAAUGCAGCUGCUGAGUUCCAGGACGAAAGCAUGGAGGCUUGGAUGGACGGCUAUGAAGGAUAACUGGCUGAAUUCGAAGCUGAGAAGAGGCAGCGCUGUUCAUCACUUGAAGCGCUCUGCAACUGGUGGAAUUGUCCAAUGAAAGUCAACCUGGUGUGCCUAACGAGGGUAGUUCAAUUAAAGGCAACCUAAGCAAUAUUACAGCGUCAAAGUGGAAAUAUUCUGAAUAAGGCAAUCUGCAUGCUAUUGACAUCUACUGCACUGUAUUCUCACAUUUACAUCAUAAUUUGAUACUUUGAGCGGUUAAAAACAGCCCAGAGACAAGUUGCACGAGGAUAUUCCUUAUUAUUGUACCCCCCCAAAAUAAGGACUUGAUCUGGAAUCCUUGUGCAAUUCAUUCCGAUCCCGCGCUGUUUUUAUCGGCUCAAUUUAUGAAAUAAUGAUGUAAACGUGCUAAAAUAGUGCAUUAGAUGUCAAUAUUAUACAGACUGCCUUAUUCAUAAUAUUUCCACUUUUAACAAUGUGAUAUGGCUUAGGUUGCCUUUAAGAUUUCGCCUGCCCCCUUGUGGUUACUGUAGAAGACGUAAAUUUAAACGUAGACAUAUCCAUAAAUUCCCUAUACUUUUGAACUUCCGAAAGUUUCUAUCAGGGUCCCCAAUACGCGGUGAGUUCGUAAAAGGCUUUCAAAAACUAAUUUCACUUUGACCAACAGGAAUUAAACUUUGCACACUUUUUAACCUAAUGAUAUGCAACAAGUUUUGUUCAUUUGUACAUUUUUUUAAAGCCUUUGAUGAACACACUGUGUAUUCAGGACCCGAUGACCACUCUGAAUACAUCGACCCCCACCCCACCCCCACACCACCCUGGCAACUCUAAAUCAAAAACUGCUGAGAGUUCAAAAAGGAAACUAAGCAUGUGACUGCAGUACUGAUGAUGUUAACUAUAGAAAUAUGUAUUAUUGUAUAUGUCAAAUACAUCAAACAAUAACCAGCUCUAGAUCAGGGGGGAAUAUUUCGUAAAAUCUAUGUUGCCUCAACAGAUACUUGCCUUUUCUUCUCCCUCUUUUAUCAAGUAUCAUAUUGGUAUUUCUGAUCUUCUGAACUAGAGGCUGCUCAUUUGGUGCCUUCAGUGUGUCUGAUAUUCCAUUUCUUGCACACUACUGUGCCCUCCUUUAUUAAGUAUCAUAAUGGUAAUCUUUUCUGAUCUUUUAAACUAGAGGCUGUUCUUUUGGUGCCUUCAGUGUAUCUGACACUCCAUUUUUAAUUUCUUGCACACUACUUUGCCUCUUUGGCGGGAGUAUGGCAAUAAAUUGCAUCCAAUGUAUGUUUUAAAACAUAUCUUCUAAAAUAGUUAGCGGUGUCGACAGCAAUGAGGUUAA